GCGCAGGCUCUGCUCGCGCCAGCUCGCUCCCGCCGCCAUGUCUGCCACCGUCGAGCGGGAGUUUGAGGAGUUGGAUGCUCAGAAUCGCUGGCAGCAGCUGUAUUUGGAAAUUCGCAAUGAGUCCCAUGACUAUCCUCAUAGAGUGGCCAAGUUUCCAGAAAACAGAAAUCGAAACAGAUACAGAGAUGUAAGCCCAUAUGAUCACAGUCGUGUUAAGCUGCAAAAUGCUGAAAAUGAUUAUAUAAAUGCCAGUUUAGUUGAUAUAGAAGAAGCGCAAAGGAGUUACAUCUUAACACAGGGUCCACUUCCUAAUACAGGUUGCCAUUUCUGGCUCAUGGUUUGGCAGCAAAAAACCAAAGCAGUUGUCAUGCUAAACCGAGUUGUGGAGAAGGAAUCGGUUAAAUGUGCACAGUACUGGCCGACAAAAGAUGAUCGAGAGAUGCUGUUUAAAGAAACAGGAUUCAGUGUGAAGUUCUUGUCAGAAGAUGUGAAGUCAUAUUAUACAGUACAUCUACUGCAGUUAGAAAAUAUCAAUAGUGGUGAAACCAGAACAAUAUCUCACUUUCAUUAUACUACCUGGCCAGAUUUUGGAGUCCCUGAAUCACCAGCUUCAUUUCUCAAUUUCUUAUUUAAAGUGAGAGAGUCUGGUUCCUUGAAUCCUGAACACGGGCCUGCAGUGAUCCACUGUAGCGCGGGCAUUGGGCGGUCAGGCACCUUUUCUCUAGUAGAUACCUGUCUUGUUCUGAUGGAAAAAGGAGAUGAUAUUAACAUUAAACAACUGUUACUGAAUAUGAGGAAAUAUCGAAUGGGACUUAUUCAGACACCAGAUCAACUCAGAUUUUCAUAUAUGACUAUAAUAGAAGGAGGAAAAUUUAUAAAGGGAGAUUCAAAUAUACAGAAACGGUGGAAAGAACUUUCUAAGGAAGACUUAUGUCCUGCUUUUGAUCAUUCACCAACCAAAAUAAUGACCGAAAAAUACAAUGGUAAUAGGAUAGGCCUAGAAGAAGAAAAACUGACAGGUGACAGAUACACAGGACUAUCCUCUAAAAUGCAGGAUACUGCGGAGGAGAACAGCGAGAGUGUUCUACGGAAACGAAUUCGAGAAGACAGAAAAGCUAACACGGCCCAGAAGGUGCAGCAGAUGAAACAGAGGCUAAAUGAGACUGAACGAAAAAGGAAAAGGUGGUUAUAUUGGCAACCUAUUCUCACUAAGAUGGGGUUUGUGUCAUUCAUUUUGGUGGGUGCUUUUGUUGGCUGGACACUGUUGUUUCAGCAGAAUGUCCUAUAAACAAGCUGUUCUGCCCAGCGAGCUGCUGCGCCAGUAGCUGACAGUGUUGCAUUAGUCACAAGGGUCUGUUAGCAAGCUCCUCGCACCCCAGAAACAGUGCGGUAAGAAUAGACACCAACCAGACAAGUGAUCUAUUCAGUCCCCAGCCCAACAUCUCAGGGCAUUGUCCCCAAACUGUAAACGGCUAUCUGAAAUAAAGACUUGAAUGCUUGUUGAAAACUGGUACAUUUUGCAACUGUAUUCAUACACGUUAAGCGUACUAUUUCACCUGACCAGACCGAGAAAUCCUUUACCACAAGGAUUUGUUUGUGGAGGCUCUCUGGAUUUUAACCUGCACUUGAUACAAGCAAUAAAUAUUGUGGUUUUAUCUACAUUAUUACUGGAAAGAAGAUGACCUUGAAAUAAUGCGUGUAAUGUAUAAUGUACUGUUGAUAUGGGCAUCGACAUUUUAUAUUCUUAACCAUUUCAGGGUAAAUAUAUUUUAUAAGUAUUUAAUCUUACUUUUGUAGUUAAAUGUACUUUUUAAAAACUCAAUUUGAAAAAUCUGUUACCAUGAAGAAAUAAAUUGUGUGUUGAUUCAAUUGUAUUGAAUACAUUUUCCUAAAGAGAAGUUUGAUACGAGCAGUUAGAACUAACUCUGCAUAAGUAAUUUUUACUAUAUAUUUGCAUUUCUUUGAUGUUUUACAGUUUACCCAAUUUUAAAAAGAAUAACAAACAAAAAUUUUCCCUAAAAACAUCUUUGAAGGAAAAUUCUCGUUAAUGGCAUAGUCCGGUAACAUUUGGUCAAAACUUUGUAAAGAAAUUGGUUUCUGUAAAGCCCAUGAUGAAUACUGUUUAAUUUUCAUGAAAAUUUCAGUGUAAUUACCCUAAUUUAUAAUUGGGGCAAAUCUUGACUUAGGAAAUAAAAAUAAGGAGCAGCAUUUUAUUAUCCCUGAUUUCAGUUUACUAGACUGAAGUUUUCAAGUAAAAUUUUUCAAGUUCUUUCUACUUCAAUAAAUAGUAUGGUGAUGUACAAACCUGACCUUGUCCCUUUAACUUCUUAAUGGGUAUUUUAAUUUAAAACAUAUUGUUUGAUGAACUUAACUGCUCAUUUGAGUGCUAGCCUUCUUCAGAUCCCAACAUUCCAUUCAGUGUUUGACUUAUUUAACUUAAACUUUAAAUAUUUGUUAUAAAUUUAAUUGCUGAUAUAAUAAAAUCACAUUAUUUCAGUGGUUUUCAAGCUAUGCUCAUUGGAUUUCUGAGAGGUCUCUGAGAGGUGGUUGGAAGGACUCCAAGCUACCAGCCUUUACUUUCAGCCAGCCCGCCUCUGCUUUAUCUAUUUAUAUGCUACGUAUGAUCUCUGUGUGAGGUGUAAUCAUUUUAAGGGGACGGUUACAAUUUUAAAAACAGUUUGAAAACCAUUUAUAUAGAUAGGUAUUUUGAAUUGAUAUAAGUAGCCUUCUUGAAUGUGUUAAAUUAUGCUGAAAGCCUGAAAGCAGGAUGUAGGUGGUACUACAUAUUAAAUCAGAUUUGCAUAA